AAUGAUUGGAAAGGAUGAUUACAGUUAUGACAAACCAGAAAUUCCUACAAUUACAAUACAACAAAGUACAACUGUGCAGACUAAUCAAGUGAAGUGUGAAAUUGUAAAUGGCCAAAAGAUUGUUUCCACUGAAUUAAAGUCAUCAACUGCAGUUGCUGUUGAAAAAUCUAAUCACUUUUUAGGUGAAAUGCAUUUGGAUGUUGGUUUGAGAGUUGAGCCUAAAGAUUACAAUGAAAUGGGUGGACUGAUUGGUGAUAUUGGCAAGAAACAAUAUAAAUUCUAUUAA